GUCGGGUUUGCGGACAGCGUCCCCAUGAAAGGCCUGCCCGAGACCUUGCUGCAGACUGCGGCGCCGGAUGUUUUUGCGACUGCUAUUCUCGAUGUUGAGGAGAUGCGGGCCUGCGAACGGGUCACACUUAAGCUGGCAGAAAUCGCGCAGAGCACUUCAGCGAAUAAAGGAGGACUGCUGGAGAAAGUUGAAACCCACUUAGAAGAUAUUAUGAAUUUAAGUCCUCAUCAAGCAGGUGAAAAAGAACAUUUUUCUGCGGAGGAUGAAGAAACAAUACACGACCUGUGGAGCGAAUACGGACGUGAUGUCGAGGCCUUGAGGGGUAGGGCGUCACCACCAAAAGCCUCACCAGCAGCAAGAGCCGAAGCAGUGAAAAGGA